UCGCUGCAAAACGUGCGCGGAAGUGAAUUUUCUGAGGGUUUUUCUUGGUGAAUUUCAGUCCUGCAAAAAUUCAAAAUCCUCGGAAACAGGAUACCGAACAGCGACUUUUCCGCAAACUACCCCUGUACAUAAUGGCCGAUCCCGAGUCUGUAAACGGUGUCGAUGAUGCCAACGACAAAAAACAGAAGAAAUCCUCCAAACACGAUAGCGGAGCUGCCGAUUUGGAACGUGUUACGGAUUAUGCCGAAGAGAAGGAGAUCACGUCUCACAACCUCUGCUCGGACGCCGCAAACCUGUUCGAGGCUAAACGGAACAAGGAAAAUGCAGAAAAGCUAGCUAAAGAACGCGAGCUGCAGAAGGUGCAGGUGAAAAAGGAGGACAUCGAAUUGAUCAUUCGAGAGAUUGAAACAACGCGCUCUAAAGCCGAACAAACGUUACGGGAACAUCGAGGGGACCUGGUUGCUGCCCUAGAAGCUCUCACUAACUAACCACGAACAGGCUCAGGUGCGCAGAAUGUGACUAUUGUUUUUUCGUCAUCUUUAUCUUGUAGGCGAGCCGAUAGUAUCGGUGGACAGGAAUAAAGUAACACAGGAACCUAGAAAAGCUGCUGGGAGUUGGAGUGUGCCU